CGGAGUCUGCGCCAUUUCAGCUCAGAGCUUGGGCUGGCACGGUCGCAUCUCGAUCGCUCCCUCGCUCCAUUGCUCCCUGGGCGCCGCCUCCUCUUACUUGUCUUUCCUCAUCUUCCUUCACCACCACUGCUCCUCUCUCCUUCUCCCUCCUUUCCUAUCCUCUCCUUCUGCUGCUGCCCGGCCGCCGCCGUCGAGCUUCCCGCAUCGUCAUGGCGAACCUGAGCCCCAGCAUCGUGAUUGAUGAUGACGAACCAGGCUAUGACCUGGACUUGUUUUGCAUCCCUAAGCAUUAUGCCCAAGAUUUGGAGAAAGUAUUCAUUCCUCAUGGGCUUAUCAUGGACAGGACUGAACGUCUGGCACGAGAUGUGAUGAAGGAGAUGGGAGGCCACCAUAUCGUUGCCCUCUGCGUCCUCAAAGGUGGCUACAAGUUCUUUGCUGAUUUGCUGGAUUAUAUCAAGGCACUGAACAGGAAUAGUGACAAAUCAAUUCCUAUGACGGUAGAUUUUAUCAGACUGAAGAGCUACUGCAACCCCACGGAAGACAGAGCCCAGCAGCCACCCGUUGCCCAUUCCAGCACCCCCAUUUCUCGCUGCCUUUCGUACAACUGCCCCACUGACAACACGGAUAUGGAUGUGAACCACAUCCGGGCGCAGAGCUUCCUCUUCGGAUGUGAGCUCAAGGCAGACAAAGAUUUCCAUUUCAAGGUGGGGAACGAGCAAACCGAGCACCAGCUUUCCCUGAGAACCGUGAGCUUGGGAGCCAGCGCCAAGGACGAGCUGCACGUCGUCGAAGCCGAGGCCCUCAAUUUCGAAGGCAGCCCGACUACGGUCACUCUGGCGUCGCUGAAACUGUCCGUGCAGCCCACGGUCUCUCUUGGUGGCUUUGAGAUCACCCCUCCGGUCGUCUUGCGUCUGAAAUGCGGUUCCGGGCCCGUGUACGUUAGUGGCCAACAUCUGGUUGCGCUGGAGGAAGAUGUGGAAGAAAAUAACAUGAAGGUUGUGAAUCUGCCUGCCAAACGAGCUGCUUCUGAAGCCGAUGACAAGAUUCCCCCGAAAAAGGUAAAACUGUCUGAGGAGGAGGAGGAAGAGGAGGAGGAAGAGGAGGAAGAGGAAGAAGAGGAGGAGGAAGAUGAUGAUGAGGCAGAGGAUGAGGAGGAGAUAGAAGAGGUAGAUGAGGAUGAAGAGGAGGUGGAGGUGGAGGAUGAGGAGGAGGUAGAGGAGAUUGAAGAGGAGGAAGAGGAGGAGGAGGAAGAGGAAGAGGAGGAGGAAGAAGAGGAGGAAGAGGAGGAGGAAGAAGAGGAGGAAGAAGAGGAGGAGGAAGAAGAGGAAGAGGAAGAAGAGGAGGAGGAGGAGGAGGAAGAAGAGGAAGAGGAGGAGGAGGAGGAAGAUGAAAUUGAAAAUAAUAAUCCUCUCGAAAAUAAGUCUAAUCCUGAUAGUCCAGCAGAGAAUGGAGAAAUGCCCAACUUAGAAGAGGAGACAACAGAUUCUGAGCCGGUCACCCCCAAAUCAAAAAGCCAGGAGUCCUUUGAAACUGAGGAGAAGGUUUCCCCAAGUCCUCAAGAAGUUAGCUCUCCUGAGGAUGCUAAAGAAAUUCAGAACGACCAGUCUACUGGGGACAUAAAAGUGAUUGGUGGAGAUGAUCUCUCAACUUUAACUGGAAAGGUUUGUAUAGUGGAUUAUAAGGAAAGUGCAUCACGUGUUCACAGAUUCAUUGUGAUUUGUGCUACCGUGGCUUUCUUCAGAUGCUGUGGAGUCUUAGUAACCUAUUAGAAAACAUCUAGUGUUUUGCUCUCCAAUAUAUGGGGCCAUAUAAGCUUAAUCCCACACCAGACUUUGGGAUAAACAUGUUUUAAAUGAUGUUUACCACCCACCUACCUUUAGGAUCGAGAACGUGGUGCUGAAACGAAAUUUUCUCUCUUGACCCCCAAAUCCACCUCAUCCUAAACUCCCUAUUUUUCUCAAGAGGAGCCCUAUCAUUCUGGUUCCCUACGCUCACAAAGCUUGGCCUGUUGCCUCUCCUUCACUCACCCGGCCAAUCCCAUCUCUACAAUAGCUCCAAACUUCUCUCCAUUCGUGACCCUUCUCACCUCUUGCUGAGAUUAUUGGAACAAAUUUCUAAUGAAUCUCCCUGAUCCGGUCUCUCUACUCUCUUCAAAUCCUCCACAUGAUGCUGUGAUGAUUUUUCCUCAGGAAUAGUUGUUUGAAGGUGCAAGAUUACAUUAGCAGACACCAAAUAUAGUGUAGUCUGUGGUCCAAAACUGCAACUCUGACUUUUCAUGGCCUGGACUCAGGAUCGUAGCUAAGACAGGUGGAAGAGCCUUCCAAGGCCUAGUCUAACCCCUUCCUUUUACUGGGAAGGAAAAUGAGGCCCAGGGAGAUGAAGGGACCUGAAAUCAUAAAUGUAAAGCUAGAAGGGUAUCUCAGGUCCCGAGAGCUUAUUCCAACUCCAUUCCAUUGAAUAUUUCUAUCUAAUGAACCACUUCUUUUAAACAGUGUUUCUGUAAGUACAGUUCCAUAGAGUUUUUCAAAUUUGAGAAUCCCUAGUAGCAGCAAGAAAUUUUACAGAUCCCUGCAUAAUAGUAGUGUACUGUUAGUACCCAUGGAUGAGGAAAAGAAAUACUUGGUGCCCGAUGAGAAAAAGCUUCUGUGAAUCCAGUAGUGCUUUGAAAUGGAUGUCUUAUUGAUUACGGCAGCAUCAUUGGAAAAAUGAAUACAUAUAUGUGUGAGGCAAUCUGUCUACCUGAAGGUAUGUUUGUUUAUUUGCAUAUAAAGUUGCAGGCCCCUUGCAGAGUCACUACGCCCUCUCCUCCCCACAAUCCACGUGGGUCUCUAGCUCAAAGUUUGGGAAGCUUUAUUACCUUAAUCAUGGGAUGGGGUUGGGAAUUAAAAACAUUGAUUUUUUGACUUGAACAUAAUGUUUGUCACCUUGUUCUUUUCUUUGUUCUAGAAUGUCCUGAUUGUUGAAGUAAGUACUAUGUUACUGUUGGAAUUUUUUCUGGUGAUUGAUUUCAAUGGAUAGAUAGUUCCAACAUUUAUUACUCACUGUGCUGAGCACUGGGCAAACGGGGAAGGCAGUGCAGAAAGGGGAGCUGAAAAGGGAGGAAGCCCCUUAUCCCCGGGGGGUCAAUGGGGAGGACCUCAAAGGAGAGGUUUCUCAGGGUGGGAAUGCAACAGUUAAGAAGGCCGAAGAGGACUGGGGAGGCAUUUAUACCUAAAACAUCUUUAGAGGUAAAAAUAGGAUAAGAAUGGAGUCUUGGAACCUGAGCAUCUCAUCAGGAGGCCCAUUGAAGUGAUUUAAGUUUGAAAUAAUGAGGUUUUUUAAAAACAUCAAUGUUCUUGUAUUUUCACCUUUUGCUGUUUGCUUGCUUUUUUUCCUUUCUCUUUUUUCCCCCCUUUUGAUCUGAUUUUUCUCGUGCAGCAUGAUAAAUAUGGAAAUAUUUAGAAGAAUUGUACAUAUUUACUCUAUAAUGGAUUAUUUGCUAUCUGGGAGUGGGAGAGGAAGGGGGGAGGACAAAAAAAAAUUUGGAACACGAGGUUUUGCAUAUAUUUUGAAAAUAAAAAGCUAUUAUAAAAAUUUUUUUAAAAACCAUUAAUGUUCAAGAACUUAGAUACCCAAUGGGUGUUAACAAAAAUAGAUCAUUUUCUUCCCCUACUCAAGCUUAUUUGUGACAGUUCACUCCAAUGACUGUAAUUAUAGAGAUAGGGAAUGAGCCCUGUGGUUUCAUUGGACAUACAGGUAAAGGGAACUUUCUCUAACAGAGUCAAAGGCAAACCUUGCGGCUCUUCUAAAGGCAGGGCUAAUCCAAGGCAGGACCUCCAGGCCUUUCCAGGCUUCUGAAAGCUGGCUUUCUCUUUACUACCUCAACUCUCUCAAGCUGGAGUUACAGCUGCUACUUACAGAAAACUCAGAUUUUCAGGGGAGGUAAAUACCCUAAGAAUCAUUAGCUUCCCCUUCCAGAGGAGGGAGCAAAUGUUCCUAGUGGCCAAUUGGGUCACCCAAAGUCCAGGGUGGGCCUGGCCUAGCUUCCUGGCUCUCUGGGCAUUUUUGCCUGUGUCUCCAUGACCGACUGGUGGCUGUUAGAUCAGAGCCACCUUGAGAGGACAAACAUUUGCAACUUGGAGAUCGAGAGUCCAAAAUGUCACACAGAAUGUUGGGAAUCUGUACUUUGUACAGCUUCAGAACUUUUUUUAUUGACUAAAGUUCCCCCCCCCCCCCGCCCUUGGACAACUUAGUAACAGCUCUUGGAAGAAACUGUAUUCAGGGCUGUGGACUUGGUUUAUUUCUUAGCAAGAGAUACUAGUAUAAUGGAAGAACAUAAAGUUAUACAUGGGAUUCAGGCACGUGUCCUUAUUUGUUUUUAAAUGGGAACUUAGCUGUGUUUUGAAUGUGAGAUGUAGCCACAUUUCCUAGUGUUGGAAUUGAGUUGCAGCUGUGUUUAAAAGCAGUCUUAAAAGUUGGAAGGAAUUGGAACGUUUAUAGACCAUUUUUUUUUAAAACAUGAAAAUCGAUCCGGUCUGAUUGAAAGUAUUCCCUGAUUGAAGUAAGAUGUUCAUACAUCAAUCUAAAAUUUAGACUUAAUCUAGUAAGAAUUAGCUAUUCUUUAUUCUAUGAAGAAAAUGAAAUAUCACUUCCUGGGUUGAUGGCCACCGGGGGACAUGGGGCUGGGCUGAGCUGCACUUCUCUUUCCUAACUUUCACUUGAGCGGUUUGAACGAAGCCAAACUCAAAGGUUUUCCCGCUUGAAAUUAUUGAUCCUGUAAUCAGUAAGAACAAACUAUUUUUGGACUUUUCAGUAGUAUUCUAAUUUUCCUGUGACAUGUAAAGGUCGUUUUCCACAUUCCCUUUUUCAAAAGAUUUGGGGUUCCAAAUUUUUUCUCUCCCCUCCCCAAGACACUGAGAAAUCUACAUGUACAAUCAUUUUAAACAUAGUUCCAUAUUGAGUCAUGUUGUGGAAAAAAAAUGACAAAAGGGAAGAACCAUGAGGAGGAAAAAGCAAACAAAAAAAAGGAUGAAAAUCUUCUGCUUUGAUAUGAUAAUCCAAACCUCACAGCAAAAAUUCAGCUUUUUCAAAUUCAUGAGAGACAGAGCUAUGAGAUUCUUCUUGCCGCUUUGGAUAUCUUAAAAAAGGAAAUAGAGGUCUGCAUAGAGUGCAGUAGCACUGAGUUUCAGACUUCCUCCAAACCCCGUUCAGGGGCUCGAGGACCCACUGCCCUGGCCUCUGUCCUGAGUGUCAAAAAAUUUGAGGGAGAUAUCAUGAGAACAAGUGCCUCAUGUUAUCUAUCACUUGUGUUAGGAAAAAUUAACAGUUUGGUCAUUUUUUUCCCCCAUUGCUGUUUCUUAUCUACAAGGAGGAGCUCUGGAGAACUUGAAGGUGCUACUUU